CAUCAGGAAGAUCAGGGCAGGUGAAGCAGGCUGGACUCUCAAUACGGUAUAUAAAGAGUCACAGCUGCAAACUCAAACACAUUUCAGCAGUGGCUAUCACCUUUUCAUUGAUUCCUCAGAAAGUCGACAAGCCCUUGGACUGUAACGAAAUGAAGGUCUUUGUCCUAGCAAUCCUGCUGGUCAGCAUCUGCUGCCUUGAAGGUGCUCUUGUGAAACGCCAGGCAGAAGCCCAGUCCGAAGUCGCGGCUCUUCAAGAAAAACUGCAACAAUAUGCCCAGAGCAUGUCCCAGUACUUUUCUUCUGAGCUGUUGGCAGAGGAGAAGAUAGAACAAUUAAAGGCGCAUGGACAGACAUUUGUUCAACAGGCCCAAGAACACCUGCAACCUUGGGCUGACCAAAUGAGGGAUAGUUUAACUCAGCUCUUUACAACUUUACAAGAAUCUGUCAAGAAAGCUACAUCGUAAAAAGCAAGCUUUUUCUCAAAAACCCUCGGGAUCUUCCCCCCAAGAAUGACAGCAGGCAAACUCUGGCACCUCUCUUACAUCAAGGCUGUGUCUGGAUUUGUGUUUGGUUGCAAUAAAGGCAAAACUUUCCUUGGUCUAUAA